GGGGGUGAACUGUUCCAGAUGCUCACUGAAUGGGGAAAUCUGAUGAUCAGCAACUGCCACUGCAUCAACAGCAAGGCCGCCGGAGUCGGCCCGGCGGGGGAUGUCCGCGUUUUCUGUCCUUCCUCUUCGCCCUAACGCGUCUGGCUUUGAUGCGAAAGAGGCAAUCAAGCUAGGCUCUACUGUUCAAGCAUACAUCAGACUAAAGAAACCGGUUUCAGAUCUUAUUCAUAGCAUUGAUAGACUAGAAUAUGAUAUCUAUGGGGAGAUAGGAGUCCCUUCUACAAAGGUUGCAAUUCUAUCCAUGCACCAGGCAGAUUUACAAAACGAGAGUGAUGCGAUAUUUGGUGUCCUUCCCGAUCAAGCCAAUUCAUCUAUAAAUCAGCAGUCCCUAGAUUUGCUGAAAAUGUUAUUCAUAGAUCUUUUUCUCAAACAAGCCAAUCUGACCCUGACUACUUCAAUCUUUGGAGAGCCAUAUUCUUUUGAGAUUCUGAAAUUUCCAAAUGGAAUGACUAUAAUUCCUGAACCCCUCUCUCCAUUCUGGGAUGCACCUCAGAUCCUCUUCAACUUCACUCUCCAUAACUCUGUUGAAGUAAUAAAGGAGAAUUAUGUCAUUUUAAAAGAGCAGCUGAAGUCUGGCUUACAUCUCAAGCCACACGAGGAAGUUUUUGUAAUGGUGAAAAACAAGAUUGGUUCUACAAGAGACCCUCCUGUCACAAUUGAAGUGUCUGCUGUUACGGAUGUUGACAUUCUACCACCGGAAAGAUUGAAACAAUUAGCCCGAACAAUCACCCGAUCCCCUCCCUCAGCAAAUCUUGGCCUUGAUAACUCUGUUUUUGGUAAGGUUAAGCAAAUAAGUUUAUCUUCCUUCCUAAGCCAUUCACUUCAGUCCCUUCCUCCAAUGCCUGCUCCAGCUUCAGCUCCGACUCACUCCCCAUUCCCCUCGCCACCUUAUGCUAGCCACCAACGCUAUGGCCCACUUCCUGGGGACACAUAUUGCCAAUCUCCACCUGACAUCACUGCUUCACCGCCGAUUGGUCCAGGCCCAUCACCAGCUGGUCCCGUUUUGUCUUACUACUUUGCUAAUUCCCCACUGUCAGGCGAUGUCAUGCUGAAGAUGUCACCUAGUCUUUCUCCUCUGCCCGGGGAAUCAUAUCAUUAUAGUCGGACCCAGGAAAAAUGGGUUGCAACUAGUUUUGGCUCUCUUAUGCUGGUUCUUGACAAUGCUAUGUUGGAUAUGAUACCACGCCUAAUGGAGUUUCUUUGAGUAGGACACGGUAGCGCUUCUAACAUGAAGGUUAAUGCCUAUCAUAACUGUAUACAAACAAUGCAUAUAUGUUAACGGAGCUGUUGUGGGGUCUACACCUAAGAAUUUGUGAUAUACUCAAGUUCUUCGAGAUUGAAAGGUUGACUGAUCCAAUUGGGCAGCACACAGAAUGGCCAUAAAGAACGAAGGGGAUCCCACAAACAUAGCAAAAACCUUGUACCUCGUAUCUACAUGCUGGACAAGUGUUACUGAUUUGUAGCCAUGGAGCAAUACACUCAAAAUGGUAGACAUGUUUGCAAGGUAACUCCCUCACUUCCACCCCAACCUCAAACUCGUCCUUGCAAACCGGGCAAUUUGAGUUACAGCCCUCCAAAUGUUCUGGGCUGAUCGUCACCUUCGGCAAAGCUUCUAUUGCUGAAGGUGAUGCAAACCUAGUUUGAACCUGACCGGUUUCGCUCCCAAACAAAGAAGGUGAUGCGUUUUGGUACAAGAUUGUGGCUGGGUAGCCUGGAUACCUGUGAAAAUAUUCUUGGUUAAUUGGUCUCGAGAAGCGUUGUGGCCCCACGACAUCAGACAUUGUCCUAGGAAAUAUAUCGUCUAAAGAUGUUAAAACGCAUAUCAUCUCUCACCAGACAUAAAAAAAAUACAAAACAACAGACAAGCCUUGUUCGGGAAUAGUGUUUUCAAUUAGUCUUAGGAUGAUUUUUUAAUGAUGUAAAUUAAUUUUGAAAACGCUAAAACUAAAUGUUGUAGUUGUUGCCAAACGAGCACAAAAAGUAGUAAUACCAGGAUUGAUCUAAACAUGUGGGGCAUACUACGAUCUCAUGCGGUCCAUUAGAUGAAGUUGCCUCGCGGUUAUGAUGAUGUCGUAACGGUCCCACAGCGAGAUUAGUCGAGGACAUGUAAGGAUGAAAAAGCUUAGUUAUGAGUCU